AUUCGGUACAUGGGUUUCGAGUUUCCAAGGUGAGAGGGACUUACAAAGGAGAAUAGGCGGGUAACUAUGGUGUAAGUGAUGUACGAAUAAGCCUGGUAACCGAUAAGAGAGGCUGGAAAUACAAUAGGCUUAGACAGCCAGCGAUGCUACCUGAGAUUAAUUGCAUUACAAAGUAGCGGAGGCCACUUCCGAAGAAAGGGAAGCUAAUCAACGUGUACUUAUACUUUGGACUGGGAGAAAAGUGAAGUGUGCGCUUUGCUCAUUGAUAAACCGUUCCUGUGAAAGCGAUGUUUAUUGCGAUGUUUUGUUAUACAUGAAAUACAUGCGCACACGUUAAUUGGACAUGAUUGUUUGGAGGAACAUUCUUGAAACAUUUGCAGCAAUUCAGAAAACAUAUUUAGUGUUAUGUGUUGCUUAAUCGCAUGGAGUAAGCAAUAAUUUGCCAUACCUGGAAUAUUUUUAUAACAUCGAAAGACUGGAUAUUUUCUAAAAUAAUCCUUAUCGAUCAGUGAAUCAGUUGAUAAGCUGCUGAACUCUGCAAUUUCGGCGAUCAUCGGAGGAGUUAUGAUAAUAUAGACACAAUUCAUGAUUAGAUGAUAUGAUAAUAUACCGGGUAGACAUACGAUAAAAUCAGGUUACAACAGCAUUGGAAUACUUGAACUAAUAGGGGCUUGGCUGACUAUGACUAUAGUUAUGAGGCUGCUAUCAGACUGAAAUACGUAUUAAGUAUUUGACGGAAGAUUUUAUAGACAAGCCAAUAAAGUCCUGACAACAGAUCUAUUUUGGUGUUUGAGUGAUUAUUUUUAUUUGACUGAAUACAUACAACAAUAUACGACAGUAACAUAAAUAGUGUAAUAGCAAUCACGACGCUGAGAGAUUAGCUACAGCAGUAUAAAAAAAUGGCGGACGGUGAUAUUCCCUACCUGACAGAGGGUUACCUUGGGGCGCAGGCCAAGUUCGAGUCGUACGGACUGACGAACGUUACGCACAAGGAACCCGUGAUCCGCCUCAACACGAACAAGGUGGAAAUUGUAAUCGGAAUGACGGAAAAGACGAGGUUCACGACGAAAUUCAAGCGCAUGGAUCCCAUCCAGGAGAUGAACAACUGCGUGUUCACGCAAAACAUGGGCUCGGAGAUCCAUUUCAACAUCGCCGUCUCCCAGACGGGUUUUUAUAAGUUUGAAAUCUACGCCCUACCGAACAGUCAGGCCGGUCCAAACUUCAUUAACGUGUACAACUAUCUGGUUAACAUCAAGAACGUCGACGCUUACGUGGAGCCGUACCCGAAACAGUACCCACUUUGGAAACAGGAAGGCUGCUUCGUGUUCGAGCCCAUGAUGAUCCAGAAGGGGUGCAACUACCCCGUCUCGUUCCGGUAUUACAUCCCGCAUGCCGUCGACGUGCAAAUCAAGGCCGGCGAGGAUUGGCACAAGAUGGAUAAAAGAGAGGGCGAUAUUUACGAAGGGUACAUCGACUUCGAGAAAACCCCCUAUCCCCCGGGCACGAAAGUGAAACUAAAUGUCAAAUUCCGUAGCAACAAGUAUGAUAUCUUAUUGGAAUAUACGCUUUGAAUUUGAAUUUUAAAGGUUAUGUUACUAGAUGUUGUUUUUAAAUUCAUAUACAAUGAACGGUAAAUAUUUAUUUUUAUAAAUAUCGAUGUUGAUGUUGAUUGUGUUUUUAAUCGCGUUUUUACUACGCUUUUGAAAUCUAUGAGAAACUGCAUGUUCUGAUAGAAUGUUUGACUUCUCGAUGCGCUUGACGGUUAUCAACGUGUGUGUGCAUUAUGUUUCAAAAAUUCUAUUUAGCUUUCGCAAGUUACCAUGCAUUUUAAGUAGAAAGUAUACGUAUACAAUUAUUAAAUUAAUUUCCAUAAAAACGAUCGCAGCAUAAUGCUGUGUAUCGUCAACUGAAUCCAAUAAUGUAAAAGUUUGUGUGUGUCUUCACUUAUUUUUGAAUUAACACAUAUUUAUUGCAUACAUGAAUUUGAAUAGGUUUAAAGAUAGAAACGUAUACAUGUAUCAUAAUAACUUUGCCUGCGCAGUAUAUUUUUUGUCACCAACUUUGAAAACAUUUUCAUAAAUCGUUCAUUAAAUUUUUAUAUAUAGUGCAGAGUGAAGCACAAAUAAAUAUAAACACAUAUGUACAAAUUUGCAAACAUCUUUUAUUAUUUAAUAAAGU